GAUUGGACAACAUAUUAAAAAGAACAAUACUGCUGACGUUGGGUACAGCUGUCUAUGAUUACCGUUGUUAAUAUGCUUAACUUAUUUAUAGUGAGAGCGAUUAUUACUGACAAUAGUGUACUGCACUGCGUUCAAGGUAUAGUAUUUGAGAUGUCUAUCUCAAAGUGUGCGUGUCGUUAAAGCUAGGAAAUCUCUGAAAUUUCUUUGCCAUUGUCUCAAGCAGAUUUCAUUAUCCACCUAAAUGAGCAGUUUAAACGUGCAGAAAAUUGAUAUUAUUUCCAUGGAAACACAAAGAAGAUUUGCAAGAGGUUUUAAUUAAAUUUUAGUAUGUACUGCGUCAGGGAAAAAAGUCGGUAUAUACAUGUAUUUCUCUGUGUGGGCUUCAGUACAGUGAACUGAGCAGUGUUCACAGACUAGUUCUUGCCAGGUUGUUGAUAUUUGAUCACACUGGUGUCGUGUGGGCACACCAGCUCAUCAGACUGAGUGUAACAGUUGGCAGGCUUUGUGACAUUUAAAGACGUGUGUUAGUGUUUUUAGACCUGCUGUACUGUCCUCAGUGUACUGGUGUGGUGAUGUGAAGCUCACUGCGGGUGGCCACGUGAGCGGUUGGUUUAUAACACUCUCAAAUCACCACCGUAAUACGACCUGAUAUUGCAUGGUACUUCAGCAUCACUGGUAAACAGUUCAUCUACCUUUCCUCCAGUUUUUUAUAAUGGAGAAAACCUGUGUACUGGCUUAAUUGUGGAUUUACCUGUAUUAGGAGUCACUGUAUCGAGCCCUGUGUUCCAAGUCACAUUGACUGUCGGUUAAUAAAGCCCGCUUCAAGCCGCGUGUGGAAUAUUGGCACAAUGACACCCCGGAGAGAUAUUAGGUAAUAUUGAGUACUAAAUGACCAGUGCGCGCCAUGGGAGUGAUUGUCCCAAGUUGUUGGUCAAAUGAGGCUGUAGCCACGAGGAGAUGAUGCUGGCAUCACACACACAGCUUACUUCACGUGCAGGAUGACUGCAUUCUGAGAAGAACAGUUGACAAAUAAUCCUCAUAAUGAUGACCGACAUAUUUGCUGAGUGCCAAUUGAUAGAUAAUUGACGAGUGAAGAGAGUAUUUGUAUACUCGGUGAUCUUAUGGUGAGAAAAUCUCUCACACACUGUGUGCUGUUGCUAAACAGUGGCAAACUUGACAGUGUAAAACAUUUUGAAAUUGGAUCAGAUCUACAGUUUAAAACUAGAUCUGAUCUACUGUAUAAAAGUGCAUCAGAACUACAGUAUAAAAGUGCAUCAGAACUACAGUAUAAAAGUGCAUCAGAACUACAGUAUAAAAGUGCAUCAGAACUACUGUAUAAAACUGAAUCACAUCUAGUAUUUAAAAUUGGAUCAGAACUACAGUAUAAAAUUGGAUCAGAACUACAAUAUAAAAGUGGAUCAGAACUACAGUAUAAAAUUGGAUCAGAAGUACAGUAUAAAAUUGGACCCUGUAGAAUAAUUAAAAUGUGAAACUGUAACAUUCAAUCAUGUUAAAUACAACAUGUAACAUUCUGCUAGUGUAACAUUUAAAUUGUUGUACAAUGAAUAUUUUCAAAAAGUCUUCAUCGUCAUCCUCCUCCUUUGAGAUCCCCAAGUUGUGUUUUCCACGACAGAAGCGGUCGACAUCGGUGGACUGUGCCAACCCAACUCUGCAGGUUCCACCCGAGUGUCGGGGGAGAUCAUCAAGUUUUGAUGCGUCCAACUUGCAUGAUGCGUCUGUGGAACUGCUGCAGGUUCCACCGGCAACGAGCAUUGGAGGGCGGUCUCACUCGUUUGACACCACACGGACCUGGAGCGUGGGCUCGUCUGACGAGAACCUGUCCGACAAGGACACCAACAGUCUGCGGAUCCCGGUGCACCACACCCGGCGGGCGUCACUUGACAUCCCCAAGAUCUGCAUGCACUGUCUGCACCUGGAGACGCUGGCCAAGGAGCGGGAGGAGGCGGAGCAGGAGGCACAGCGGAUCCGGGAUGCCGAGAGGAAGCGCGGCACAUUCUACUUGUCCUCGGAAUCCAGCAUGUCGUCAACGGGCUCCGACUCGGACUACACAUAUUCGAGCGACUCUGAGGGGAGUUCCGAGUCGGAGGUGGAGGAUGACUCACCUCUCCCACGUCGUGUCAGGAAGGACUCGAUCACAUCAUACACAGACGCUGUCACUCUGCACGUCCCCGUCAUCAAGCAGCGGUCGUCCUCCAUGGACGCCGCCUACCUACCACUACCGUCGCAUGACAGCCCGCGGAAAGCCUCACUAGAUGAGAUGAUGCUCGAUAUACCCAAGACCGUGCGCUCCAGUUCCGUGGAUGUUCGCCUGCCCACGGACGAUGAUGCCUCAUACAAGGCAGUCACCAAUAAUGGGAAAGCAAUAGCCAAGAGCACUUUAAGUCAUACGAACUACUUACACCCGAGUCAUGCAGAACACAACUUCAAAAAGAGAGACAUCCACUCAAAUGUCGACUGGACGGAGCACGCGAUCAAUAGCGAACAUCUGUGGGUGGAGACGAAUGCAUCAGGCGACUAUUGCUAUGCGAUGGAACUCGACUGUCUGCUGGAAGGAGCGACGGUCAACACAGAUUCCGGUUGUAGUCACUACCACUGUAAAAUGGGUCCUCGAAAGAAAUGCAUUGCCUGCAAAAUUAUAGCUCACACAGCAUGUAUACCAGUGCUAGAACAGAAAAACUUACGAUGCAAACCUACAUUCCGAGAAGCAGGAGUCCGCAACUACAGAGAGCACACUUUUAUGCGUCACCACUGGGUUCAUCGGCGCAGACAAGAGGGCAAGUGUAAACAGUGUGGAAAGUCAUUUCAACAACGAUUUGCCUUCCCCAGCAAGGACAUCAUAGCAAUCAGUUGUUCCUGGUGUAAGGCUGCCUACCACAACAAGACGACGUGUUUCAUGAUGCGGCAGUUGGAGGAGCAGUGCACCAUGGGAAUCCAUGCAGUCAUCAUCAUUCCUCCAUCUUGGAUCAUCAAAAUUCCACGCAAAGGGUCUUUCAAGUGUUCGAUACGCACGACAAAGAAACGCCGAUCGUCCCUGAAGAAGAGAAGAAGCAAAGACGAGCUGAAGCCUUUCAUUAUUAAACCCAUUCCUUCACCGCUUCCCAAGCCACUUUUACUGUUUAUUAAUCCAAAAAGUGGAGGCAAUCAAGGUGCAAAACUUUUACAAAAGUUCUCUUGGUUACUGAAUCCUCGGCAGGUAUUCGAUCUUUCAGUUGGAGGCCCCAAGUUUGGGCUUGAGCUUUACAGAAAAGUGCCUAACUUGCGGAUUCUGGCGUGUGGUGGUGAUGGCACGGUUGGCUGGAUCCUCACCGUGUUCGACACACUUGGCUGGAAUCCCACUCCGCCCGUUGCUAUUCUGCCCAUUGGCACAGGCAACGACCUGGCUAGGACCCUAAACUGGGGUGGGGGCUACACAGAUGAACCCAUCUCAAAAAUCUUAUGCAAUGUUGAAGAAGGACAGGUUGUUCAGUUAGAUAGGUGGAACUUGAAGGUAGUCCCGAACAAGGAGAGUGAGGCGGAGACGCCGGACGAGGUGACAACGAACACGCUGCCGCUGGAAGUUUUCAACAACUACUUCAGCCUCGGCGCUGACGCCCACAUUGCGCUUGAGUUCCACGAAAGUAGAGAAGCAAACCCUGAAAAAUUUAACAGUAGACUACGAAAUAAGAUUUUCUAUGCAGGUGCAGGAGGACGUGAUCUCUUAAAGCGAAGUUGGAAAGGCUUUGCUGAACAUAUCAAGUUAGAAUGUGAUGGUGUUGAUUUAACACCCAAAAUUCAGGAUAUGAAACUACAUUGCCUUCUAUUCCUCAACAUUCCAAGGUAUGCAGGUGGAACUCUUCCCUGGGGACACCCAAACACGAUGGACUUUGAACCUCAGCGCCAUGAUGACGGAUUUCUGGAGGUCGUUGGUUUUACAUACUCAUCACUAGCGACGCUACACGUGGGUGGUCACGGCGAGAGGCUGGUCCAGUGUCAGCAGAUCAAACUGACCACGUACAAGUCCAUGCCCAUGCAGGUGGAUGGCGAACCCUGUCGCCUGCGGCCAUCCAUCAUCACCGUCACGUUCAGAAACCAGUGCAACAUGCUGAUGAAACACAAGAGACGCGGCUCGGUGCCCAUCGCUAUGGAGUGAGUCUUACGAUUUUUUUUAUCAUCAUUAAUUUAGACUCAGAAUUUAUACUCAGAAACCAGUGUAGAAUUAAUACUGACACGGUUCAGUGCCCAUCGCCAUGGAGUGAAUCUUACAAGUUUUAUUAUCAUCAUUAAUUUAUACUCGGAAACCAGUGUAGAAUAUGACAUAGUUUAGUACCCAUCGCCAUGGAGUGAAUCUUACGAGUUUUAUUAUCACCAUUAAUUUAUACUCAGAAACCAGUGUAGAAUACUGACAUAGUUUAGUACCCAUCGCCAUGGAGUGAAUCUUACGAGUUUUAUUAUCACCAUUAAUUUAUACUCAGAAACCAGUGUAGAAUACUGACAUAGUUUAGUACCCAUCACCAUGGAAUGAGUCUUACGAGUUUUAUUAUCACCAUUAAUUUAUACUCAGAAACCAGUGUAGAAUACUGACAUAGUUUAGUA